AAACAAGCCCUGUCUCGUUAAACCAAAAAAAAAGAAAGAAAGAAAAAAGAAAAAAGAGAGAGAAAGAAAGAAAAAGGCACUCAAGAGGGUGGAAGUGGGUUAGUGAGCUGGGAAGAGACAUGCUCAAAAAAACCUUAUUUUUCUUUUUAACUUUUUUUUUAAUAAGAUUGAUUAUGUACGUGUUCUUCCUGUGGGCCAGAAGAGGGCACCAGAUCUCAUUACAGAUGGUUGUGAGCCACCAUGUGGUUGCUGGGAAGAGCAGGCAGUGCUUUUAACCUCUGAGCCAUCUCUCCAGUCCCCCUUAUUUCUCUUUUUAAUUGUGGCAAAUAUACACAAUAUAAAAUUUACCAUCUUAAUUAUUUUGUCGUUCAGUAGUCAAGUGUACUGUCUUGAUCAGUAUCCACUCUCCACAACUUUUUCCUUUCACAACUGAAAUGUUUAUCUAUUAAAACAAUUCCAUUUCCUAGGCUGGGAGGUGGUAUCACAUGCCUUUAGUGCCAGCCUGGUCUACAGAGUGAGUUCCAGGUCAGCCAGGGCUACAAAGAGAAACCCUGUCUCAAAACAAAAACCACUAUAGAUACCUCAUAUAAGUAGAGUAUCAUAGCAUUUACCAUUGUGUGACUAGCUUUUUUCAUUUAAUAUUCAGUGUUCAUACCUGUUCAAUGUGUCAGAAAUUACCUAUUUUAAAUUGGAUAAUAUUCCAGUGUACAUUUUUAUUUUGUUUAUAUUAUUGAUGGGCCCUGGGUUGCCACCAUCUUUGGUUAUUUUACAUAAUGCUGCUAAAGACGUAGUUAUAUGAAUAUCUCUUGGAGAUUCUGCUUCCAACUUCCUCCCUUCCCUUUCCCACAGGCUCUUCCUUUUAAUCCCAAGGUGGCCUUGGCUCCAGAUUCUCGUUUCAGUCUCCAGAGUACUGUGAUAACAGGUUCUCACUGUGGUGUCCAUGCUAUCCGGAGCUCUGUGAUGGCACAACUACACUAUUUGGGAAGGCAACAGUGGAGACAUGACUUCCCUGCUUCUCCACAAGUGAAACGACCAGCCAGCCAUUUGCCUUUUGUUUCCCCAGCAGCCUAAAUGUGCAUUCCACUGGACAAAGGAAGAGUUAAGCACAAAGCUAUUAGUUUUGCCUCCAAACAGAAAUCAAACUUCCUAAACAUCGGAAGGUGGGUCAGUCAUUUCUACAGACUAGUUAGGAGCUGCCCAAGGUCAGUCGACUUACCCUUUCAGUCAUUCAGUUUUACCAGAAGUGCUACUAUCACUGCUCCCUUCUUUCCUAGGACUUUUCAGAAUUCCAGGCUGUGCCAACUUUAUGGGCAUAGAAUGCAGCUGUUUAACAAAUCCAUGUUGAGGUCGUGUGACUUUCCCUAGCAAGACGUGUAGAAGCGUCUUCUCUAGCUAGGUCAAACAAACUGUAGAACACAAGGCGGGCCUCCUUCUACACUUUUCAAGACCCGUUUAGGAACACUCCGUCCACCUUCUUGCCCAUAAGAAUGCGUUGGCUUCAUUCAAACGGGCCGCCUUCGCCAACACCCAAUCAGAGCAUCCGAUCUUCAGCUACCGACCAAUGAACGAAUGCAAUAGAUAAGGGCGAAAGUAGGCAUGAAGCCAUCUCUCAGCGCCAUUACACUUUAGGGCAGGGAGGUUAAGAAGCCGGCAUGGCGCUCGGGUCAAUAAAAUCGAUAGCUGGAACCUGCCUGUGUUCUAGGCAGCGGCGGUGCAGGAGCGGCGCCGCCAUCUUCCCCGAAGGCAUCUUCCGGUGCCUCUCACCCAAGUUCCAGCCGGAGUUUCCUGAAUAACGGUGUGGUCUGUGUUGGACCGCCUUGGCCCUCAGGCGGCUGAUUCAGAUUUCCUCCGGGCCUUCCCGGUCGGGGUCCUAGGUCUCCGGGUGUGCGGUGCCCCGGGGCGCAGAUCCGAUGGCGCCGCCUUCGGCUCCGCUCCCUGCGCGGGCACCAGGAGAGGCUGCACUUACUCGGAGGAGGGGCAGGAGGCCAAGGGCCUUGAAGUUCGCGGACGUGGCUGUGUACUUCUCCUCGGAGGAGUGGGGCUGUCUGCGGCCCGCGCAGAGGACUCUCUACCGGGAUGUGAUGCGCGAGACCUACGGCCUCCUGGGCGCGCUCGGAUGUGCAGGUCCCAAACCAGCUCUCAUCUCCUGGUUGGAACGAAAUACCGAUGAUUGGGAACCGGCAGCCCUAGAUCCGCAGGAGUACCGGAGAUGGGUAACAUUCCAGAGAAAAACCAGAACCAGACAGAAGAAUGAAGAGAAGCAAGUAUUCCCACCGAAAGAAACGCCCCGAAAGGGGAAACGAGGGCGGAAGCCCAGCAAACCCCGGUUGAUUCCCAGGCAGACAUCUGGGGGCCCCAUCUGCCCUGACUGUGGCUGUACCUUCCCUGACCACUCCACCCUGGAGAGCCACAAAUGUGCCCAGAAUCUGAAGAAGCCCUACCCUUGCCCAGACUGUGGGCGCCGCUUUUCCUACCCGUCCCUGUUGGUCAGUCACCGGCGGGCACACUCUGGUGAGUGCCCCUACGUUUGUGACCAGUGUGGCAAACGUUUUUCCCAGAGGAAGAACCUGUCUCAGCACCAGGUCAUACACACAGGCGAGAAACCCUACCACUGCCCUGACUGUGGUCGCUGCUUUCGGCGGAGCCGGUCCUUGGCCAAUCACCGGACCACGCAUACAGGCGAGAAACCUCAUCAAUGCUCUAGUUGUGGGCGUCGCUUCGCCUACCCAUCUCUGCUGGCUAUCCACCAGCGGACACACACCGGAGAGAAGCCCUAUACCUGCCUAGAAUGCAGCCGUCGCUUCCGCCAGCGCACUGCCCUGGUCAUCCACCAGCGCAUCCACACCGGAGAGAAGCCUUACCCGUGUCCUGACUGCGAGCGGCGGUUCUCCUCCUCCUCUCGCCUGGUUAGCCACCGGCGUGUGCACUCUGGGGAGCGGCCCUACGCCUGUGAGCACUGUGAAGCCCGCUUCUCCCAGCGCAGCACCCUGCUCCAGCACCAGCUCUUGCACACAGGCGAGAAGCCCUACCCCUGCCCGGACUGCGGACGUGCCUUCCGAAGGAGCGGCUCCUUGGCCAUCCAUCGCAGCACCCACACAGAGGAGAAACUGCAUGCUUGCGAGGACUGUGGCCGCCGCUUUGCCUACCCUUCGCUGCUGGCCAGCCAUCGGCGUGUGCACUCAGGCGAGCGGCCCUAUGCCUGUGACCUUUGCUCCAAACGCUUUGCCCAAUGGAGCCACCUGGCUCAACACCAGCUUCUGCACACCGGGGAGAAGCCUUUUCCCUGCCUUGAGUGUGGCCGAUGCUUCCGACAGAGGUGGUCUCUGGCUGUCCACAAGUGCAGCCCCAACACCCCCGAUGGUAGCCCUAGACCUGUUAUAGGAGGGCCAAGUCAGAGGGGCAGUGCCCUUUAGCAUGACAGAGACUUUGGGAGGUCCCUUUACAGGGGGUUCAGGACUAGAAGGAGCUGCCAGAAGUCGUUCAGGGAGGAGCAGAGCUAAAGCCCUGGUCCCCUGCUCCACAUCCUGAACUCCAGUGUAUCCAGCACACUGGCUGCCUUACAGCGUGUCUAAAGCAGUUAUCAGAGAGAUGACACCAUUCGAUUAAAGUUUUCCAAGCUAACCUAUCUUAAAAUAAUGUGGGUGCACCCCCCCCCAGUUUCUUUAUGGCUGCCUUCUUAGUUUUUGUGUACAGGUUACAUUCAAUCAGGAGAACCUCAUUUGUGGAAGGCAGAACCUUCCCUGCUCUGCCUUUCUCUCCAUAUCGUGCGAACAACACUUCUGCCAGGCGAUAGGCCACUGCUGAAAGCUACCUCACACGGCAGGCAGGCAGGCAGGCAGGCCGUUUCCUUGUGGGAUGGUGCUAACUUUUAGAAGGCUAUAUGCUGCAUUCUCCUUUGAAAACCUGGCCUGAACUUUACCCACAUGGUGGCUCUUCAGAAAACCUAAUCACAACUGCUUUGUGCUCAAGUUGGUCGUCUGUGUGUGUGUGUAAGAGAGGGGGGAGAGAGAGAGAGAGAGAGAGAGAGAGAAUGGUCUUACUGUCUCAAGUGGUCUUUAACUUGUGGUUUAAGUUAUUCUCACACCUCAGCCUUCUGAGUAGUUGAAGUGAUAGGCUAGUGCUACCACAUCUGGCUCUGUCAAGCAUUCUUUUUUUUUAAGGUGUAUAUACGUAUUUUAAAGAUUUAUUUAUUUUUACUUUAUGUGUUUGAGUGUUUUGCCUGCAUGUAUAUCUAUGCACCAUGUUUGGGCCUGGUGCCCAAGAGAGGCCAGAUGAGGGCAUCAUGUUCCCUGGGACUGGAGUUACAGAUAGUUGUGAGCCACCAUGUGAAUGUAUACAGGAAAUCAAACCACAGGCCCUUAGCCACUGAGCCAUCCACUCCAGCCUCUCUGGUGAGUCAUUCUUUGGAGAGUGGCUCUCGGUUCCCACAUGUGAAGUCUCUGAAUGUGCUGUUUUUAUUGUCUCUUCUGAAGGAUCAGACUAAAACGACAGUACCGUAGCAUGUACUGUAUGCCCCUCCUACCUGUUUUGUUCUUAACUACUCAAGGCAGCACUGAUUUGGGGGAAUGCCAGUGUGUUGGGUUUCAGACCUCUAAACACCCUAACCUUCUUUUUAGAGAUGUGAUAAAACCAAAUCUUCUUUACCACAUUGGAAAAUUGGUUCAGGUUGGGUCUGAGGCAUCAGCACAGUAAACAGACAGGUUUGAUUGUUUUGGGUUUCUUGUUUUUGUUUUUGUAUUGAGACAGCGUUUCUCUGUGUAUCCCUGGCUGUCCUGGUACUCCCUCUGUAGAUCAGGCUGGCUUCAAAUUCACAGAGAUCCAGAGAUCCACCUGCCUCUGCCGAAUGCUGGAAAUAAAGGCGUGUACCACCACUACGCGUCAAGAUGUUUGAUUUUUAAGAAAAAGUGGGGGACCUGAACCUAGCAGCAAGAGGUAAACUGGUAGACUUGAGUUUGCUACAGGUAGCUAGUGGCUGGGAAAAUCCCUGGGAACUGGGUCUUAUGUUUUUCAUGGUUUACAUUAAAUUAAGGGAACAGCAUGGAACCUUCCAUUGGGACCCAUUCUGCUUUUGCUCAUAAAGUAAGGGAAUUCAAGGAGGGUAGAAGCCUUGUGAGCAGUGUGUUAAUUUUGCUUUGCUUCCAUGGUACCCACCGACUUAGGUGCUCAAGUGAGUAAGCUUUGGUACCCUUUUACCCUCAGCAGCUGCACCAAUGGAAUUUCUAAACAUGACUCAUCUUCCAACAACUGAAUGGCAUCCUCCUGCAGUUGCCUCUUUCUUUAGGGUGGGGAGCAGAUGUAAUUACCUCUGUUUAGGUGUUUAGCAAGCUGAGUGUAACCCUUUGUUUCUUCAUGGAUAAAUAAGUAAUCUCCGGGGAGGGCCUUGCCAGAUAGAGUUUCAUUAAAAUAUUUAAUGAAUAAA